CUUAAAGGCACAUAAUAAUAAAAAAUAAGGAGCAAAAAAAUAAUAGAGAUUAGUGUAAACUAUAAAUUGUGUGCUAAAGGAUAGUACCUGUGGACAUUUGCGCAUUCAUAAUAAAUUUCGGCGGAAUUUCUCGGACGGAAAAAAAAUAUAUAGAACGAGUGAUUGCAUAAAAAAUUUGUUUUUUUUUUUUCAUCCUUACUUCGUUCUCUCUGUUGAAUCAUCAUCAUCAUCAGUUUUUCUUUUGUGCCGCGUAAUUUUUUUUUUUGUGUGUUAUUUUAUGAAUCGCUUGAUUCUUCCAAGAAUAUUGGAGUGUCGGGCAACUACAAAGUCACAUCUGAUGAGUGAGAAGUGAGAGAGAAAGAGCAGUUUAUGGAGAAAAUCUAGAGGUUGUUACAUAAUAAAAUAUCAUAUAUACGUGUAUAGAAUUUAUGAAUUAUAAAAAAAAAAUUAUUGUGCUGAUUACAUCAUCAAUUAAUUUGAGUGAUAUUGUCACCGCCGAUUAAGAUUAAAAUCAUUCACCCGGUUCUAGUUUUAUUGUGGCUGAGAGAAAAAAAAAUCUUUGUGAUUACAUAAAUAAUUCAGAGAAUAUGCUGAUGACAUAACGCGUAGCCGUUAUCAUUUUAUUUUAUAUAGCUAGCAAAUAAUGCUUACUUAUAGUGCUUAAAGGAGUAAAGAAAAAAAAUUGAGUGUGAAAAAAAAAUUAUUUUUGUAGUGAAUUAUUCCUCAUUUCCACACAUCCUCCGUAAUAAGAGUUAUAAAGUUAAAAAUGGCAACGCUCUUGGAAUUGGCAAAAGAUGCAUUUAAAAAUCACAAUUAUAUUUUAUCAUGCGAAAUUUAUGAGAGACUAUUGCGCGAGAAAGGACGAAAGUCGACAGAACUUUAUUUUGGCUAUGGUGAUUCGCUCGCGAAAUGUGCACGAAUAAAGGAGGCAUUAGACAUUUAUGCACACAUUUGUUAUCAAUUAUGUGAAAUUAUACCCGUAGAGAAACUCAAGUGCUUAGCUAGUUCAAUAAUUGAAUUUAUUGUAAACAAAAGGACCAACAACAGCAACAGCAACAAUAAUUUAUCAUCAAGUAUGUCUGAUAAUGAAAUAGUUGAUCCACUUUGUUGUCCUGUGUGUGAGGAUGUAUUAAAAUAUCCAGUCACAUCAUUAUGUGGUCAUACAUAUUGUCGAGAGUGCUGCUUCGGACGUACAAAAUGUAUUGUGUGUGGACAAAAAUUUCCUAUCAUCAGUACCGCAAUACUACAUAAUAAUAAUAAACAGCAAGAGCCAAAUAAUCAUCAUCAACAACAGCAACCAUCACCAUCAUCAUCCACGACAACAAUUACCGCAGAUAAUAUUAAUAUGCCAUCGACAGCAAUUGUUAAAAAUUCAACAAUAACAUCAGAAUUAUCAUCAAUUGAUGGAAAUGAGAAUGAGAAUAGUGUAGAUAUGUCAAAUAUUAGUGAUGUGGAUAUGUAUCAAUGGCAUGAUAGUGUGUCAAAUGACAGUGAAACCUUCGGUAUUGGAUUUGAGCAGGACAUUUUAAUUAGACGAUUUGUUGAGAAAUGGUGGAGUCCACUUCUUAAGGCAUCAGAACUUAACGAUGAGGCUGAACGAUAUCUUCAGCAAAACUUACUCGAUGAGGCUUUAAAAUGUUGCAAUCAAAGUUUAGAAUGUGCACCUAACAAUUUCAAAGGCCUGCUGUUACGCUCGCAUGUAUUGUAUCGAUUGAAACACUAUCAAAGUUCAUUGGCCGAUGUCGAAAAUGCCCUCAAAAGUCGUCCAACAUCCUACAAGAGUCAUUAUCGGAGAGCAUUAGCACUGAGUGGUUUGGGGAGAAUUGAGGAAUCAUUUGUCGCUUAUUGCGUGUCGAUAUGCCUAGAUAAAAGAUCUGAAAACUUAACAAAUUCUCUACGGUACGACUUGUCGAGGCUUCUGCAACGGAUCUUUAUGUCGAAUAGGUCAAUCAAUAGCCAUUUAUUAUCAACAUCAGCUCCGUACAUUCUCACGACACGCAGUCGACGACGACAACGGUAUUUUAGUGAACAGCAUGAACAACAUGAUUACCAUCAAUUCAUAAGCAACAAUGAGUAUGAUUACGAGGACGAUAAUUCGAGUUGUGGCGAAGGUGAAGAUUAUCAUCCAUUCUUAGAUCGAAUUCGCAAUAGACACAAUCGUCGACUCUUUCGGCGCCUCAAUAAUAUUAAUCACAAUCAUUUAGAUAGUCAACAAAUCAUUCCAAGACAAAACGCUCGACUAAGAUCAUUGUUCGAUAGAGUAAAUCAGGAAAUUGAAAAAUAUCGAAGAAUGGAACCAAAGUCAUCUUCAUUAUUACAUGUUGAUCCAUCGAAAAUUGAAGCAUCUGAUUUUGAUUGUGUACUUUGUUGUAGGACGCUUUAUAGACCUGUUGUUACGCCAUGCGGACAUACAUAUUGUUGGGUAUGCUUAGAUCGUUGUAUGGACUAUUCGACAUAUUGUCCCUUAUGUAUGGCACCGCUGAUUGAGCAAUAUAGGAAUCAUUUGAAUUUUAAUCAUGUUCAGAAUCCAACAUUGCUCUCAUUGUCGCGUCGUAACAUCACGCGUUUUAUCGAAACGGCUAUGAAACGUUAUAUUCCAAAAAUUUAUGCAAAACGUCAGCUACAGGAAUUGGAAAAAGAACCGGCAAUUCCUAUAUUUAUUUGUACAACAGCAUUUCCCUCAGUUCCAUGUCCUCUCUUUAUUUAUGAGCCUCGUUAUCGUCUUAUGGUGCGUCGAGCUAUCGAAAGUGGCUCACGUCAAUUCGGUAUUGUAUUGGCAUCAAGCACACGUCAACGAUAUGUUGAUUAUGGGACCAUGCUUGAAAUACGCGAUUGUGUUCAACUUGCCGACGGAUGUUCAAUUUUAAGUACCGUUGGUACGAAGAGAUUCCGUGUCAUUCGUCGUAGUGAAAAGGACGGAUAUGAGACGGCAAAUAUUGAGUAUAUUAAGGACGAGGCAAUUUGUGAUGAGAAUUAUGAUUCAAUUAUGGACCUGCAUUAUCGAGUGAUGGAGAAAGCCAAACAAUGGUGUGAAAGUUUGCCAGAGAAUAUUAAAAAUGAGAUUUUAAAGAGCUUUGGACAGAUGCCAGAAUUGGAAAUGGAUUGGGAGAUUAGCUGCGAUGGCCCAUCAUGGACAUGGUGGAUUAUUGCGAUUCUCCCAUUGAGUCCAUUAUUAAAAGUCAACAUUCUGGCAACGACAAGUUUAGAGAAGCGAUUGAGAGCAAUUGAUAAGACAUUGAUAGAAUAUAUGGCGGCACAACAGAAGAGAUCAUUGUGCUUAUUAUCUGGUUGUGAAGGCUUACCAGCAUGCCAAGCUAUUGAAUGUUGCCAAAGAGCUACCUCGACACAACAAUUAGACGAUAGACAUCACCCAAACACAAAUCAGUCAACUGAAUAUCUUCUUUAAGUAUCAACAUUUGCUAUUUAUCAAAAUCCAAUAAGAAAUCAAAAAAUAUAUAUUUAAAAUCCUCUUUAUACAACACAAUAGUUCUAUAUACAUCCAGUUUGAGAUAUUAUCUAUCGAUAAAGCAGUCUUUUCUUUUCCUUCGAGACUUCUUCUUGUUCUUAUUACAUUCUCUUCCUCUCUUCUCUUUCUAUCUCUAUCUUUAUCUUUUUCCUGAAAUUCAUAUUAUAUUCAAGCUAGACUUCAAAACUUUUUAUCUCAGCUAUAAACAAAUUUCUAUUUCUCAAUUACCCAAUUACCUAUUGUAAAUGUCGUGAGCACUGCGAGAAUCUCUAGUUGUUAUUGCAAUAAAAGCAAGAUCCUGGCUUCUGGUGGGGAUUCGAAUAAGGAUUUGGAACUGAUGAACUGAGUUUUGAUCAGUUGCACAAUUCUUGAAUUUGAGGGGGAAUCAUUGUGAUGGGAAAUUCUGAGGGAGAUUGAAUAUGAUGGAGAAAAUAUUUGAUAAGAAAUUUUAAGGGGAAAACAACAUGAUUUGAACAAGUUUAGUGUGAAUUUCUCAUCAUGUUGUUUUCCCCUUGAUAAUUUACUUCAGAUUUUACUCUCAUCAUGUUGUUAUCCCCUUGUUAAUUUGCAAUUAUUUUCCUCAUCAUGCUGUUACCCCCUUUAAAAUUCCCAAAUGUCCCAAAAUGUUGUUUUCUCCUCAAUCGUUGCAAGCGAACUUAUAGAACAGAUUGGUGCCUAUUGACUAGCUACUAAGUCUCAAAGACUAGCUACUAAGGCACAAAUGGAUCGAAAACUCGAGAUUCCACAAUGCGUACGACAUGAAACAUUUUUAAUCAAAUAUCAAUCAAUCACAAGUUCCCUUUUCUACCAGAUGAACCACAAGACAUAAACACAUCCACAAAGUGAAUAUAAAAUUUUACAUUUUACAAAUUUAAAAAAAAGAGAAAAUUUAAGCAAUCUGCAUUUUUUUCAUAAAGCAAUCUUAUGAUAGCUGAGAAUACUUCCAUAUAAUAAUGAAAAGAUUUUUUUCCUUAAAAAUGAGAACAUUUAUACCUGCAUAUUAAGUAAUUGUGUGUUGAACUUGUCCCGCAUUGUUUCUCAUCCCAGAUAUAUAAAUAUAUUUAAUUAUUGACAAAUUUUUUUGAGCUUUAAAUGGAAUAUUUCCUUAAUUUUGUUGAGAAAUUGUUUAUGGAAUUUUCUGGUGAUUAAUUAGCUUCACUGCGAAAUAAUUAAAAAAUCUCAAUUGAAUGUUGCUUAAAAUUUAGUGCAAAUUACUUUUAAAAAUCUCAAAUUAAAUGUGAAAAAAUUCGUUAAAAUUUGAAAUGUUUGUUAAAUUUUUUUUUAAAUUGAAAAUUCGUUAAAAAUCACAGAAAAUUUCAUAAAUGUUGAAUUAAAAGAGUCAAUACUUCCAACGAUUAAUCAAACAGUAUUGACAGUCGAAAGUUUUAUUCCAAAAAAAAAACUAGUAAUUUUUUUUGUCCUUUAAAUUGUUUCCCAUUUAAUUAACUAUUCAUUCAUAUUAUUGAUGUUGAAAAAUAAGAGAAAAAAAUUGUUCCUUUAAUUACCCAGAUUCGUGUUUAAAAUAUAAGAUUAAUAAAGAAAUUGUUCAUCCUUUUCUUUUAUUAUUAUAAUUAUUUUUUAACCAAGGGAUGGUAGUUUUUUUUGACUUUCCAAAAAAUCCUCAAAUUUAUGAAAUUCAGAGGGGGCAGCAGAAUGAUGGGUAAAAAUUAAAUUACCCGCUCGUAAAAUCCCAAGAUUUUAAAGAAAAUUUCAAAUAAAAAGUUACCAUCCCUUGAACUAAAAUUAUCUCAUCAAAAAAGAUUAAAAAUUAAGAAGAAAAAGAAUUCUAUUUGCAUGUAAAACUAUUGAAUGAUAUGGCGCUGUGAUUGUGUUAUGUAAUCGACAAUCUUUUAAAACCUAACCUAAGUAAGAAUGCAAGAAGAAGAAAAAUAAAUCUUUAAUAUAUAUUUAACUAAGUAAGUGAUUAAUUAAGAGAAGCAACAAAUAUGUAGUAAAGAGAGAAAACAUAGAUUAUGUUGAGGACAAUUGUUUGAAUUUGGCAAGGAUGUCACUUUUUGAUUAUUGGGUGUCUUGUGGAUUGUUAGCUAAUAGGUAUUUAAAGAGAAGCUCAAUUCCUAUCAGGUACCAUAUUCUACAACUAUGGCAACUUGUACUUUAUCAGGAGCAUCCUAUUCUUGUUUUAAGGAGUCCUAUCCCACGCCAAUUACAAUAUGAACAAGUCUUAGCCGAGGACGAAGCUAGCUUAGAUGUUUAAUGAAGCUAAUGACUACUUGAAUUCAUAAUAAAUCUAAUCAGGCUUUGUCCUAUGAUACUAAGAAUACUAAGGAUACCAUACUCCAACCUAUUCUAAGUGUAUUCUAUUAGACAUCAAGCAAACACUAUUUUAGGUUAGACCAAAAAGCCUAGAGUAGGAUGUGCAUGAUGACUUAAAGAGCAGACUGAAGAGAUGUUUAGAUAUGAUAUAGCAAAGAUAUCAUAGAAUAAAGAUGUAGUUGGAAGUAGCUAGUAUAAAGUACCAAAUACUCCUAUAAAAACAUGCUAUUAAUAUACAUCCUUAUUAGAAUAGUGUUAAAGUACCUCAAUAGUUUGCCAUACCCAAAAUAAAAGUGCAAAUGACAUUCCUCGUCAACUCCAGACAAUUAUAGAACUCAACACCAACUACAACAACAAGAAUUUUUACCAAAAAAAAAAGAAUUAAAUAAGAAUAGAAAAAACAAUUCGUGGACACAAUUUCAUGCAUAAAUCAAUAUAUUCGACCAAUUAGUGAAACAUGAUGGCAUUAGUCUCUAUAUAAAAAAAAAUUUAAAAAAAAGUAAAUUAACUUAUUAAAAAUCCAUAUUUCGACAUACAUUAAAGAUCAUACAUUUUAGAAUAGGAUAUUAAAUGUUUUUCAAGAAUCCAUCAUGUAAUCGACCUUCUUCUAUACUAGAGAAAAAAAAACUUUAAAUAAAAAAUCCGACAGAGCCAUUUCUAUAGAUAUGUAAGGAACGAUAUCUAUUAACUCAAAUAAUUCCAAUUUUUCAUUUCUGUUCACUUUUCUUUUGUGUUUUUUCUUCAAUUCCCAAUUUUUAAUUGAGAACUGAAUGCUGUGAAAAUAAUUAUUUUAAUUUUUCUGUUUGUGUUCGUAAGGAUCUGAAUGACACGGAAUAUCUUUUUGAAGCUUCUCAUUUCUACAGUGUUGUUAUGCUGGAUGUCUGGGCUAGGUUGAAUUGAAGAUUUUGGAAAAGUUAUAACCUCAACCAGAAUGACUUGAAAGAACCAAAAACCAAGAAACAGGAAUCAAAAACCAAUGGUUCUUGGUUCUUGGAUCAAGGACUCUUUUACGAUACUGUGUUAACCUAAGCAGUUUCCUGGUGACGAAAAAAGCCUAAAGCUGAGAAUAAUGUGUAGACAUAGAUGCUUUCAAGUUUAUUCAGAAUCUAAAGUUAACCUGAAAGUUAAUUGUUUUGGUUUUAAUCCGCAUCACUAACCUAGAGUCAGUCAUUUCUUUGCUACAGAUCAAUCUCACAUAGAUUAGGACUAGCCCUGUCCAAAACCUAGAUAACAACACUGCAUUUCUAUAAAUUAAUGUAUGAAUUCGGUACAUGCAUUUGAUUUCAUACUAAUUGAAAUGAUUCUGAGAACUUUUGAGGUUAGACUUCAACAUCCAGAACUUUCGAGUAUGAAAUUAAGGAGCAUCUAUUGAACAAAAAUUAUAAUUACUGUAUUUUGUGUGAUCAUUAAUCAAAUAAGUUGAAAAGAAGAAAAAAAUAUUCUUGUGGCAUAAAAAAUAAUGAAAAAAUAAAUUACGUGCAUUUAAUUUAAAUAAUUUAUUUGACAGCUAUAUUAAUUUAUUUUAUCAAAUAAAGAAAAACAUGAAAAUCGACCAAAAUGGUCUCAAGAAUUUAAUAAUAAGGAUAAAAUAAAAUUGUAAUGAUUGUAAAAGUUUAUUACCUUAAUUAAAUGAGUUUGUGAAGUAAUUUAUGAAUGAUGAUGAUAAAAACAAGUGUAUUUAAAUAAUUCUUAAGUUUUUUAUACUUUCAAUAAUUAAUUUAAAAUGAAAAUGAAGAGAAACCUCUUGCUAUUUUGUCAAAUAAAUG